AUGGAGAAAGUGAAUCAAACAUUCUAUUUGUCCCAUGGAUCUCCGUCUUUGAGCAUAGACGAUAGCUUGGAGGCAAGACAAUUCUUCAAAUCAUGGAAGACCACAGUUCUUCAACAGAGACCCAAAUCGAUCUUAGUCAUCUCCGCUCAUUGGGACACCAAAUACCCAUCCGUCAACACUGUUGAGCGCAAUUCCACGAUCCACGACUUUGGUGGUUUCCCUGAAGUCAUGUACAAGCUGAAAUAUGAAGCACCAGGAGCAACUGAAUUGGCAAAGAGAGUUAAAGAAUUGCUAAUGGGAGAAGGAGGAAUGAAACGUGUUGAUGAAGAUACAAAGAGAGGGCUUGAUCAUGGAGCUUGGGUUCCUUUAAUGUUGAUGUAUCCUGAAGCAGACAUACCGGUUUGUCAACUCUCUGUUCAAUCAUCCCAAAACGCGACUUACCAUUACAACAUGGGCAAAGCAUUGGCUCCUUUGAAAGAUGAAGGUGUUCUCAUCGUUGGCUCUGGAAGUGCUACUCAUAACCUGAGGAAGCUUGACUUUGGCAUGGCCAAUGGCUCACCUUGUUCCUUGGGCUUUGGAGUUUGA